UGCGUGUUGGUCUUCAAACCAAAGACGAGCUCCAAGAUGAGCUCAACGAGCAAUGGGGAACAAUCAGACGUAGCCACCAGUCUGGCUGUAAUAGAGCUGGAAGAAGAAGUAAACAUCAUUGCGUUGUGCCAGGAUCACAAGCUACGCAUGUGGUCCUUCAUGGAGCAGACCUGUAUCUUUGAGACUGACAUGUUGGCCCACAUGCCGUCCAGUGAUCCUGGCCAUUGUCACCGGCUGCGCCUUGCUGGGUCCCCGACCUCCGGUAUUUAUGUUGCCAUUCAGCAGUCUGUGCGCUUCACGGUGUUUCAGCUGGUUGCUGCUGGCAGCAACCGCUACAGCGUGAAGCACAUCUCCUCCCUCUUCACCACACAGGAAACUCUGGAUUUUAGCCUAACGCCUAACACCAUCAGGGGGGUCUGGAGGGACAACCACAAUUGGUUUUGAAUAAAAAAAAUCAACUUUGAGGAGUGAGUCUAACAGUUUGUCAUGAUUAAGGCUCUGACACACCAACCCGACGGCUGACCGUCGGCAGAAAUGUCAGUCGGACUGAUUAGUCAGCUCCUGUCUC